AUUCUAAAAAACGAAUUGAAGAAGGAGGACACAUUGGAUCCACUCAAAAACAAAAUCGACGUCAAACGAGAUAUGGGAUAAACAUCCCGGACUAUUCCGAACAAGAAUCUGAUCAUGAGCCUGAAAAAGUACGCGAUAUGCCAUUUGAUUCUUAG